UCAAUCAGUGCGUGCCAGCUACAGCUCAUCGCGUCGCUAGCUGCAGAUCAGUUUGCCGCAUCGCCUCGCCUCGCCUCGCCGUGCCUCCCUGCACAAUCGUCUCCCGGAUCUCGCCGGCGGCGGCGCAGGCGCGGCUCGUACCCUACUGCUAUAUAGCUAGUCGUUGCCGGUGCCAGCGGCCGGUGGUCACGUGAGGAUCUGGAGAGGAUGGCGCGCGGCGGGUGCUCGCGGCUGCUCGUGGGGAUCGGCGUCUUUCUCCUCUGCGCCGCCGCUGUCGCGCCGCCCGCCGCGGCGCUCAACAUCGGCCUCCAGUCCGCCGGCGACGGCGUGAGCGCGCAGCUGUGCAGCCGAACGUGCGAAUCCGACCACUGCACGACGCCCCCGUUGCUGCGAUACGGAAAGUACUGCGGCAUCCUGUACAGCGGCUGCCCCGGCGAGCCGCCGUGCGACCCCCUCGACGCCUGCUGCAUGCACCACGACAACUGCGUCCAGGCGAAGAAUGACUACCUGAGCACGGCGUGCAACGAGCAGCUACUGGAGUGCCUGGCGAGGCUGCGGCAGGGCUCGUCGACGUUCGAGGGGAACAAGUGCAUGAUCGACGAGGUCAUCGACGUGAUCUCGCUCGUCAUCGAGGCCGCCGUCGUCGCCGGCAGGCUGCUGCACAAGCCUUAACUAAAGCUUAUAUAGCUAGCCCCAGCCGCGCACCGGCGGCGAACGGCCGGACAGCGUGGGCCGGCGGCGCGACAGGACGAGCAACAACUUACUUGUGCGUUAGGUGGGUGGUACAUGUUUUGCUUGCUUGGUGUGUGCUGCACAGUGCAGCUUAGCUAGCUAGCACCGGCUGCAUGCGUCGGCUUCACAUGGGCUCUCUCAGGGCCCUGCAGACUUACGACAAAUAUAUGCAGAUUACAAUAUUACAUUUACAUGGUUUUGGACUUUGGUUUUGUGCUGAUUGCUUCUUAUUUUAUGGUGCAUGUCGUGUGGUAAUGGGUUAUAUAGAUUAUAGAGUGUUAAUACAAGAUGAAUAAAUGUAUACGCUUAAUAAAGAUAUCGUGCACAGGACAAGACUGACCUGACCGUCUGCGGGUUUGGAUUAUGUCAUGGCAGACUCUUUGUAAGCUUUUCAUUUUUCUUGUGAUGGGUCUUUCUAAAUUUUCUACUUGACGGCUGGCGAAUCCGGUA